AUGAUCUCGAAACCGGGGGAAGACGCGAUCGUCAGACACGACGGCGAGAUGAAAGCGACGGAGAUCGCCGAAUUUCUCGAGACGCACGCGGCGGCCGUUCCCGAGGACGACGCCCCGGAGGAGCGGGAUCCGCGCGCGGGGAGCAGGAAAACGAGCGGUGGCGGCGGCGGCGACGACGACGACGCCGCCGCGAAGAAGAAGAGGGAGGAAGCGAAGCGGAAGAGGGAGACCGAGUCUCUGUUCGGGGCGAUCGCCCCCGCUGAUUUCGAGAAGGAAGUCCUGAAGCACGAGCCCGUGACCGCGGUCGUGUUCACGCGCCUGAACGUCCCACGGUGCGUGAACGAAUCGAGGGCGGUCGCGAAGGCGGUGACGAAGAUGUACGGCCAGGUCACGAUCGGGGAGGUGAACGCGUCGGACCCGGCGGCGUUUGACCUCGCGGAGCGGUACGCCCCGGCAGUCGCGGAGGCGGUGAAAGCCGCUGCCGCCGCCGAGGAUGAGGACGAGGACGGGAAGUGCCUCGACGUCGUCGUCUUCCCGCACGGCGCGGAGAAGGAAGACUCCGACCCGGACACGUACCAGGGCGAGAUCACGGAGAGCGCGCUCGGGAACUGGCUGUUCGAGUCCGUCCCGGACUUUGUCAUGCCGCUGAAAGCGAUGCUCGUCGACUCGUUCCUGCAGCAAAACCUCAUGAAGCCGAAGCUCGUGCUGUUCCACGCCGGGAGCGAACCCCCGCGGGAGUUCGUCGCCCUCGCGGCGAACUUCCAAGAGGACUUCAUGUUCGCCUCGAUCCCUGCGAGCGACGCCGCGAGCAAGGCGCGGUUCCAGGUCGACGCCGUCCCCGCGAUGCGUCUGAUGUACAUCCCGAUGAAAGACGGCGAGACGCCGACACAAGACGUGCAGUACAGCGCGGCGGCGUACCCGUCUCCGGUGCUGCGUUACGUCGAGAUGCACCACUGGCUUCAGCAGGUGCAGAUUCAGAUCUUAGGGAAGGACAUCGGUCAGGAGCGCGCGGCGAAGAAGACCGCGGAGCCGGUCGAGCUCGUCGGCUCCCCGGAGGAGCUGGACGAAAAGUGCGGCGCGAGCGGGUUGUGCAUCGUCGCGUUCGUGAGCCAAGAAGAGGGCGUGAAGAAAGACACGGACGAGGCCGUGAUCGCCGCGGUGUCGAGAAACAUGGUCGAGAAGCCGUUCAAGUUUGUGUACGUCGAUCCGGCCGCGCAGCGGUCGUUCGCGAGCGCGUUCGAGGUGACCGCGUCCGACGUCCCGACCGUGACAGUCGUGAGCAUGCGGAAGAACCGUUUCGCGACGUACCGGAAGACGUUCAACGCGGACGGCGUCGCGGAGUUUCUCCAGGACGUUCUGAACUCGAAGCAGCGCACGCAGAUGAUCCAGGAGAUCCCGAAGCUCGUCCCCGGCGGCGAAGAACCGGAGGUGAUCGAGGAGGUGAUCGUCGAAGAGGAGUUCGACCUCGCAGACAUCAUGAACGAGGAAGUCGAAGGCGAAGCCGGUAUGAGCAAAGAAGAGCUCCAGGCGAAGAUCGAGAAAGAGAUCGAGGAGGAGGCCGCGGCCGCGAAAGAAGCGGAGGAGGAGGCGAAGCGGAAGGCAGAGAAGAAGGCGAAGAAGAAGAAAAAGAAGAAAAAGACGAAGAAGGACGCCUCGGAGCUGUGA